AUGAGGCCGUUUGUACAGGUGAUUAAUACAGGUUCCGGCAUCUUCGUGUCUCCCAAGGGCGUGAUGCUAGCUACUGGGUCAGUGGGGCUGUGCAUGUUUGUCUGGGUUUUUGGAGGUGUCAUCACGAUGUUCAACGCUCUGUGUUUCUCCGAGCUGGGCACUCUCAUCCCUAAAGCUGGGGGUACCUACACUUACCUCAGACUUGGGCUCGGCAACGUUGUCGCUUUCAUCAUGAACAUACAGACCUGGGCAGACCGUGUGCUGGGAAAGGCGGCUGUAAUUAUCCCUCUCGCCGUGAUUGUGUCCACUUUUGGCACAACGAGCAACGUCAUCCUGGGGGCUAGCAGGUAA